CGAGUUACUGAACAGUACCUUUAUCUCACUCUCUUCCUAUAUAAUAUGAGAAGUGGAGCACCUUUGUUACAAGCAAAGAGCAAGAAGUCCUUUGGGAGUGUAGCAUCUAUAUAUCCUGGUUGAUUUCUUGUGCUUGAGAAAGAUAUGGAUUAUGGUAGUGGUGCUAUGCUCUUUUUGUUGACAUGCAUUGUCACAUACUUUUUUGGUUCAUUUCUUGGCAGAAGCAAAAAACCUAACUACAAGCUUCCACCUGGACCUUCCUUUUUCACUAUCAUGUCAAAUGUUGUUGAAUUGUACAACAAGCCACAACAAACACUUGCAGAAUUUGCUAAGUUAUAUGGUCCUAUUAUGCGCAUUAAGUUAUGCACAGAAACUACCAUAAUCAUCUCAUCAUCACAUAUGGCCAAAGAGAUUCUUUUUACAAAUGAUUCAUUGUUCACUGAUAGAUCUGUUCCUGAUAACACAACAACUCAUAAUCACAACAAUUUUAGCUUAGUUUUCCUCCCAUUUUCACCUCUUUGGCAACAUCUUAGGAAAAUAUGUCAUAAUAAUUUAUUCUCUACCAAGACUCUUGAUGGAAGUCAAGAGCUUAGACGUAGGAAAUUAAAAGAUCUUCUAAAUGAUAUGCAUAAAAGCAGCAUAACUGGUGAAGCUGUUGAUGUUGGAAGAGCUGCUUUCAAGGCUUGCAUUAAUUUUUUGUCAUAUACUUUUGUGUCUCAAGAUUUUGUUGAGAAUUUAGAUGAUGAAUAUAAAAAUAUAGUGUCUACUCUAUUAAGUGCUGUUGGAACACCAAAUAUUGCUGAUCAUUUCCCAGUGUUGAAGAUUUUUGAUCCACAAGGCAUUAGAAGACACACUACUCUUUAUGUUUCAAAAGUGUUCUAUGCUUUGGAUAUCAUAAUUGACCAACGAAUGAAGAUGAGACAAAGUGAACAAUAUGUCUCAAAAAAUGACAUGCUAGACGCCUUGUUGGACAUUUCCAAGGAAGAUAACCAAAAGAUGGAUAAAAGACAGAUUAAGCAUCUACUACUUGAUUUGCUUGUGGCGGGAACGGAAACAUCGGCAUAUGGAUUAGAAAGGGCAAUGAGCGAAGUAGUACGCCAUCCAGAGGUUAUGUCAAAAGCAAAGAAGGAAUUAGAGGAAACCAUUGGAUUAGGCAAACCAAUUGAGGAAUCAGAUAUUGAUAGGCUUCCAUACUUGAAUGCAGUGAUAAAAGAGAGUUUACGUUUACACCCUCCAGCUCCAAUGUUACUUCCUAGGAAAGCAAGGGUAGAUGUGGAAAUAGCAGGUUACACAAUUCCAAAAGGUGCACAAGUUCUGAUCAAUGAAUGGGCUAUUGGUAGAACAGACAUAUGGGAUGAUGCUCAUUUGUUUUCACCAGAAAGAUUUUUGGGUUCUGAAAUUGAUGUCAAAGGUCGACAUUUUAAGCUUACACCGUUCGGCAGUGGAAGACGUAUAUGUCCUGGCUCACCACUUGCUGUUAGGAUGUUGCAUUUGAUGUUGGGAUCAUUGAUUAACUCCUUUGAUUGGAAACUUGAAAAUAAUAUGGAACCAAAGGACAUGAACUUGGACAAACAACUAAGAGCUAUUCCAGUUGCAUUAAAUAAAGUAUAUUAAGUAAUUAACUUGAUGAAUAAUCUCUUUGUGUAACACCUCUAUUAAGGGGUGCAUUUAUCUUUCGUUAUUUAAUUUGCUCUAAGCCUAUUUAGUUUGUUGCAUGUGUCGGCUUAAGUGCCUCCCAGAGUUUUGAAGCCUUUGUAUGGGGAUGUAAAAUAUGUAUGGCUUCACGAAUAAAAUUUCAUUGUUUCUCUAUUUACAUA